UAGCAGCUUCUCAAACAACAACUGGAUCGACCAUAAUAAAAAUUGUCUUAUAUGAUAAACCGUCAGAAAUCCUUCCUUAAAUGAUAUGAACAGUCGAGAGGCUGGUCUCCUACCUGAAAAGGAUUCUGGGGGUUUUGCAAGAAAGCAGUGAACAUCACCUUGAAACAAUGAUGAUUGGCCAUUUUGCCACACGCCCUGUCACGAGUUAAAACUUUGAAAUAAGUACCACAGUGAAGCCAAGAACAAUUGCGAGAGUGCAAGAUGCCUUUUUGUGUGUCUGUGGUCUCUGCAGCUCGAUUAAAAAUGACACGGCUUUAGACCAAGGUUAUGAAAUUUCAGCGAUAUACUGUUUUGACUGUCAAACAAAGAACAUAAUUUAUCCCAAAACAGCUUCUAACAGCCAAGAAAUUUACUCUUCAUCUUUCUUUAGUAUAAUGUGAUCAUUCAGCCCAAAGAUUUGCGCUUCAAUGUGACUAACGAGGGCCGGCUACGGUAUCCCUGAAACUACUGAAAGGGUCAUCCCUUGAUCCUAAAUGUUAACUAGGGAGCUCCCUUUAUUAUUAAUUCAGGGAGAGAAAAACGUUUAACGUAUUUUUUCGGUUAUAAGGCGCACUCGGCUAUUGGACAGCAAAACAGAUUUAGAGCUAUCAAGCGAACUUUCGUUGAAAAAAUGCUGCGCCUUAUAAGCGAAAAAUACAGGUACAUUUAAUCUUUAGCAGUCAAUAGUUAGUGGUAACUAUUAGCUAUAUUUGCCUCGUGAAACAUGGAGUUUUUCCAUAAGAACAGACCGGCUAAGUAACUACUUUCGGUUUUGAGUGUUUUCUCCGUUUCUUUUGUGCAAGGACAUAACCUGAAAAACCUAAUGCAAGUGCGCUUAUAAUGUACGUGUAGUUCAAAACAGAGAGAAUUUGACUACAUCAUUAGAAAAAUGAAUAUUAUUUUUCUUGGUACGCCGAUAAACGAUUAAACUCUCUUUCUUCUUUUGCGCGUAGACCUUAAAAGAAGCUUAUGCUCAUCUUGAGUAACGUGUUGUAAUAAAAUAGCCUUGAUCAGAACGGACAGUUAAAUCAACGUUUACGAAAUUUAUUUUAGCUCAGUUUAUUUACAUUUCAUGGUGCGAUUUUUGAGCAACAGAUUUAAUAAAGGAAUAUUCCGUACGAUUUUCUGAUGGAGAAUUGUAACGGGAAAAUGUACGACUUCAUUUUUGGCUAAAACAAUGUUUUAUGGCUGACUGCCCCCAUUUAAGCCAUCGUUCACUAAGUACGGCAAAUCUCCAAAAUUGACAUCACCUGAGAUGAAUUCAAAACACCGUCAAUAUCAAUCCUUGCAGCAGGCUAUUUGCAAUGCAAAUACAAUAUUUUUCUAUUGAAAAAGAAAUCAUCAUGAUGACACUAUGAAAAUUCAUCUGUCCUAAAUUGUAAAACGUAAUUUUCUUUUGCAAUUUGAAAAUAUCCGUAUGUUAAAGUCACAAACCAGCAAAGAACAACAUUAAAGUCGCAUUUUUAAGUCAAGUAUCAUUUUUCUCUGAGUUGGUUUUUUAACUUGCAAAACCCUUAUGAAUAAGCAAUGAGUAUAAAGUUAAUCGUAUCCGCUUUUUUCACCUGUUACUCCGAGACGGCAAUUCUCACCAGGCAUUUUGACGUCAAGCAAGUCUAUUUUUAUCAAGGCAAGCCAAGAAAAUCUUUUGCACCUGUCGCUAUCAUUCAGCCAUAGGCAAAUCCCUCUCUUUUUGUCAUGGACACCCACGAUUUCGCUAAUUGGUGUCCCUUUUUAGCUCCCGGUUUAUUUUUAACACGAAAUAUUUUGGAGACUUCCCAAUUUAGAUUUUAGAAAAAAGCAGAGAAAAUAACGAAACAGAACAAAGUUAAGAAAAAAGAAAGAAAGAAAGUGACGAACUGUUUGAGCAUCCUGAAUAACAAAAAGCAACCAUAAGUAACGACCAUGGUUUAUAAUAGUUCGAAAUGUUUUUUUGUUAGAUGGAGGUUGUUUCCAAUUUGCUACGAAUAUUCCUUCAACGAUACCAAAUUUAAGUACCGUUUAUAAUUUCUUUUUUCACCUACUGAAGGCAGGCUGUUCUAUGUUUAAUUGAAAAGAAAAUCUUCCCAUCUAAGUGGUUUAUUUUAUGCUCUGCUUUGAUUAUGAAAUCAUAAAUUUUUAAACGAAAACCUUCUUAGGAAAAAAAUUAUCAGUCACGUUUUCGGAACACCACUCUCAAGGCAGGGUAAAAAAUCGUGGAAAAGUUGUGCAAUCUAGUGUAAGCAGGGCAGAACAACCUCUAACCUCUUGGAAUUUGCAUGAAGAUGUUAGAUUGUUGACAAUUUGUCACGGUCGACUCGCUGUAACCCCAGCAUGAAUGGACGUCAUAAAAUAAACAAUAAUUGAACAAUUGUACAAUAUUACCAGGUUGACAACGAAUGACGCGUAUGUAAAUUAUAUAUCACGUUUCCGUAACGCCACAAAAUCAAACUCUCUUUAUUUUUUGACUUUUUAGCCCCAAAUUUCGCUUAUUUCGUUUCGUUGAAACAGUUAUCAAAGAAAAGAGUCAAGCUUUUCGAUCGCCAAACGAAAUAAGAUGUGCGAAACAUCACAUUCGAUCAAAACCACUUUGACGAUACCGGUUAUUGAUAAACAAUACCCAUUUACGCAAUACCUAUCUGCGUCAACGUUGACGCACACUACCUAAAAUUAGCACAGAGUUGAUUGGCUCCCACGGAUUGUUCGAAAGUUCUGGUGACGUGCAAAAUAGCUCCGAGAACAAUGAAUGUUAGAUUUAAGGAGUCGCCCACUCGGUUCGCACACAGAAUCGUCAAAGCUCUACGAAGCGAAGGAGUAACUCCCGACGGGAAAACAACGACCACCGAACUCUAAGCCGAGUCGCAGUUAUUGCUGGCCAAUAACUCGACCAAGACCUAUACUGUUGAUCAGUUUAACGACACAAACAACAACCUCAAGAAAAAUUAUUUCACCGUUCGUUCCUAAAGUUCAUAAUUUAAGAUGAUGAUUACCAUGACAGAAGCAUUGGAUAGCCUUGCCCAAGUUGCUACGGACCAGCUUUUUGGUUUCGACACUGCUAGUCUUCUGACACCCCAGUUAGCUCGCCAAGUCCCUCAGUUGAGCGCCGAGGAGUUUUCGUUUGUUCAGGACGAACCGACGAACAUUUUUGGUGAGCCGGUUGAUUUCCACGACACUACUGUUCCAGGUACUUAGUAGCUAACGAACCUCGUCGGAUAGCGUUCGAUCGAUGCAGUUUGUUUUCAUCGGAAACGUAUCCACCUACGCUAUCGCUGGGUUCAAAACAAACUGUGUUAGAUCGUGGGCAAAACGUGAAAAAGAUUUAUACAUCAUUCGAUCAGGUUAAUUUUAUUCGAAUCAAUUUACACAAUCUCGAUAACGCAUUAUUUGACUUCGAAAAUUUUCGUUUCAAUUUCUCUUUAUUACCCUUUCGGCAUCUAGCUUUGACGUAAGUUUUUUAACUCGGAGGUUAAUCAUAAUCCUCUCAAAGUCAGUCAAUUCUUAAUUUUAACGUUUUCUUUGCCGUGCUUUCCUUUCCGCUACAACGAAUUGUUGAUCCCGUUCAAUAUUUUAAUUUUUUUUCGUUUUGAUUGCAUAAUUCACUAACACUGAUUUCUUCCUUCUUGUUUUCUCAGGAGAUCUUGACCUGGACUACACUGUACCUGACGUAAAGCAGGAAGGAGCUAACAACUCCACGAAAGCCUGCCAGCAGCGUUUGGCUCACUUUAAAGUCCCAAGUCUACAUGAUGUGAUUUCGGGACCCACAGGAUCAACUCCUCCACCGAGCGCGCAAGGGUCUCCUUACAGUUCACCUGCACACAAUCUUUGGAUUCCUGAUCGUACAGUCCUGACUCCCUUAAUAAGCCAGGCUGGUACAACUCCUUGGAGCUCAUUCUUCCAAGACGUUAAACUUCCCAUGUCGCACGAAUCCAGUUCUGGGCCAAACAAAGUACAUACUCCCACUCCACACGAUCUUCAACAAGAACAGGUCCCAGUGACAACGAGUAACAACCUCACUGGGCUUCCUAAACUACCAACACAGGGUAACCUGUAUCAGCGACCCAUGCAGCAGCAAGUAAGCUCUUCAUCACCAAUGUUUAUGCAAGCUACAGCCACACUGAACAUGAAAUGGCCUAUUCUUGGUGCACCUUCUCCUUUUCCCAAUGCCUUAGCCACUGACCACACUGCAGCAAUGAUGGACAAGCUACUUCUUCAUACCACAACUCCAUCUGACUUCUUGACCACACCCUGCAAGCCUGCUCAGAGGCCCGGUCGCCCUUCAAAAGCUGGUGCUAGUUUACUAAAGGCAAAGCGCAACAACCCAACAGAUGGACGGUCACGAACGCCACCCAGUGAGCGCCCUUAUGCAUGUCCAGUUGAAACUUGUCCAAGGAGGUUCUCAAGGUCAGAUGAACUGACACGCCACAUGCGAACCCACACUGGGCAAAAGCCAUUCCAGUGUCGUAUCUGCAUGAGGAAUUUUUCCCGCUCAGACCACUUAACAACUCAUAUUCGCACACACACUGGUGAAAAGCCAUUUGCCUGUGACACUUGUGGAAGACGGUUUGCAAGGUCUGAUGAACGACGGCGUCACAUGAAGAUCCAUUUACGGGAGCAAGCCAAAAAGGAGGAGGAGGCUAGAAAAGCCAUGGCUUCUCAGUCCAAUGGAACUGUUUCACCAAUUCACAGUCGGUCUCCUCAAUCAACACCGUCACCAAUUCAGGUCCCUGUGACCUCAGUGAACUCUUUUUAAAGUGUUUUCUACAAACAGUGCAGGCACUGUUAAGUUUGACAGACACUAUUAUGUUGAACUCUUGCUUAUAUUUAAGGUGAACUAUAGAACUGGGCUGGUCCCAUGUAAAUAUUUUCACAACCAGAUUUUUUUCCAGGUACUGCAAGUACUCUUUGCCUUACACGGACAUAUUUUUAAUAUAUAGAAGUAUUAUUGUUGGAAUACAGCUGGUCUCUGUAUUUGUUAAUUCCAACAUAUUUUUACCAAAAACAGCUUUCUGUUUGGACAAAAUGAAUAAUGACAUUCAAUGUUUUGAAAGGCAGUAUAUGUUAAAACAUGUCGCAUGUAAAUCUAGUUGUAUUUAAGUUUAGAAUAAUAAGAAUUAGGCUGGUCCUAAUGUACAUAUUUUUAUGUGCAGACGUUUCAAGGCACUUAGAGUGCUAUAUUGGUACUCAAAGGGACCUAUUUUUCAUACAUUGAUAAAAAUACAGUGGAUCUCUGUAUUCAAUUAGUCAUAUUUUGUGUAAAGGCAUGUUUCAUAAAAUUAUUCUCCUUGAUACAAAGGGUAUAAAUAUUUACUAUGAUAGAUAUUUUUUUUCAUAAGUAGAAAUCAGUUUACAAAAAUUCAUAGCUUUUUUUAUUGGCAUGUAUUCAUAUUUGGGUAAAACCCAUAACAUAGAAACAUUUAUAGAGUUUACACCUGUUUAUCAAGGAGAAUGAUUUUUUUCUCAAAUGUCAAAGAAUAUUAUAAACAAAGUUAAAGUCAAGCUGGUCAUUGACAAUAUAAACUCAGUGCUGGUCACUAAAGAUUAUAAAAAAUAAACUUGAAGAAUUUGAAACACAAUUACUGUUGUCUGUCCUCAUUAUAACAUAGAAACUGAACAACAUUAGGUGACUCACUUUAUCCAGACAAAGGCCAAGAAAGCAAUAUGAUUCUCGUUGUGUAGUCUUGUUGCCACCCUAGUGCAAGAGGUCUUUUCCUUCUUUCUGGAUUCCUUGAAUGAUAAUGCUUUCCUACACAUCAAGUGGAGGAUGAAAAUCAAUAGAAACUAUGAGAAACAAUGCAAGAUAUUACCACUGUACACUAGGGUGUUUUUCCUCCACAUUGUUUUCUUUUGCUCAUAACUGCUGGCUUUUUUAUAACAUGGUCUCAUUGUUUAAGUUCUAUACCUGUUGCCCAUCUUAACACUCACAAAAUUAAUGCAUUAUGCAUCCAGAUGACUUCCUUUCCUAGUGCGUUGUUCAAGAUGCAUUACGAAGGAUAGUUCAUCCGGACGCAUAAUACAUCAUGUGCCUGUCAUGAGACUCAAGACCAGAAAAAGUACAACUUGUUUGCUAAAGUUCUUCCAGCCAGAGGGUCUUGAGCAUAAUAAUGGACAACGAUAUGAAAUAGUUUGGGGUGGCUGAUACUUGAUAAGUAGAUCUUCUCUUUUUAUCCUAAAUGUGGCUGUUAACUUCCCACUCCUGUGUACACUAAAAGAGAACAAUUUCCAAACCCUGAAUAUUGACCUAAGUUGCACUCAAUUUAGCCUUGUAGUUCUUUGAAUAGCCGAGCCUUGAGAUUUGUUUCUCUCCUAUGAGUUUAAAGACAUAUAUGAAAGAAGAAUAGCAC